AUGCCGGUACCUAGUUCAAGUUAUUAUGGAGGAAUGCAAAAACCGUCUUGUUAUGAUAGAGUUUCAAAUUCAUUUAUGAUGGGAGCGACAAUUGGUAUCACGAUCGGAAUGUUAUUUGGCGGUUUGGGAGGCUUAAGAUCUGGGUUCAGGGGCCGAGAGCUGAUUAGCAAAAUGGGCAAAACUAUGUUACAGAGCGGUGGAACAUUUGGCACAUUUAUGGGUGUUGGCGCUGCACUUAGAUGUUAAUAAAUUAUUCAACGUGACUGGAUAACAUACAUUUACUACAAAUAAUUUAUGACAUUUGUUUUUUUUUUUAAUUUUUAAAGAUAAUAUUUUUGAUUUAACUACAGCAAAU